AUAGACACCACAUAUACCAUUGUUGCUGCAACAGCUUCCAGCGGCUCGCCCGGACAUCGACGCAGGGCAUCCCAGUCCACACCCCAGACUCCGCCCCACCAGUAAAGUCAACCACUCCGGGAUCUCGAAAAUCAACCUCAUCUUACAUCUCAUCACGUUUCGCCUUUUCCUUCCGUGUCUCGAAGCUCUCCGAGUCCUGUGGCGGACGUCACCUUCCAUCGCCGGACACAAGAGCCUCACCGGUAUCGCACGCUCCACCAGAUCUUCGGUCACCGCUCCACUGCCCGACACCAACGAUGGCGACUCACGCCUCACCUCCGCUGAGCGCCGGCGUGGCGGAUGAGAAGAUGACGGCCUAUGCGGAGCACGAUUUGAAGAACUCAAGCCCGACACGGCAUGAUGGCCACGACGAUGUCGCACAAUUCGAGUUUGAUCCUCAAGCAGAGAAGAAGCUGCGGCGAAAGAUUGAUAUGUACAUUGUGCCCACUGUGGCUGUUUUGUAUUUGUUUUGCUUCAUUGAUCGUGCGAACAUUGGAAAUGCGAGAAUUGCUGGUCUUGAGAAGGAUCUGGGCAUCAACCCGAAGUCGUUUCAUUACAACAUCAUCCUCAGCUGCUUCUACAUAAGCUACAUCGUCUUCGAGAUUCCAGCAUCCAUACUGGCAAAAGCACUCGGUCCAGGCUGGUUCAUCCCAGCCACUGCCCUCGGCUUCGGAAUCCUUACCGUCUGCUGCGGCUUCGUGCACACCUUCUCUCAGAUCUGCGGCGUGCGUUUCCUCCUCGGCAUCUUCGAGGCCGGUAUGCUUCCUGGGAUCGCAUACUACAUGUCUCGCUGGUACCGUCGCAGCGAGCUCGCGUUUCGAAUCUCAUUGUACCUUGUCACAGCACCCCUGGCAGGCGCUUUUGGAGGACUUUUCGCUUCGGCUAUUCUCAAGCUGGAUCAUUUUGGCAGUCUGCAUUCUUGGAGGAUGAUCUUUGGGAUUGAGGGAAUUAUUACCAUUGGUAUCAGCUUGAUUGCUUUUUUCACUCUGACCGAUCGACCGGAGACGGCGAGGUGGCUCACACCUGCGGAGAAGGCGUUGGCUAUUAACAGGAUUUAUUCGGAAAGAGUCGGGCAGAAGGAUGUGUUGGAUCGGAUGGAUAAAACCAAGCUCAAACGCGGCAUCUUCAAUCCUGUCGGCCUCGUCAACGCGGUCAUCUUCCUCUUCGACAACAUCACCGUCCAGGCACUCGGAUUCUUCCUUCCGACGAUCGUAAGAGGGAUCUAUCCCAAACAGACUGUCAUCCAACAGCAGUUGAAGACUGUUCCUCCAUAUGUCGUUGGCGCCUUCUGCAACCUCGUAAUCCCCUUCGCCAGCUCGAAAACCAACAAACGAGUCCCCUUCUUCAUCAUGUGUGCGCCUCUCGUCAUGAUCGGAUACAUCAUGUUCCUGGCCACCGGUGUGAAAGACGGACAAAUUCGAUAUGGCGCUACAUUCAUCAUCGUCCCAGGCGCGUUCGCGUUUGGAGCACUGUGCACAGCUCAUGCUAGUGCGAAUGCCGGUUCAGACACGGCAAAAAGCUCCGCCAUCGGAACCACAGUCAUGUUUGGCAACAUCGGCGGCUUGAUCUCGACCUGGUCCUUCGUCAGCACCGACGCACCGAAUUACCCGAUCGGCAACGGCCUCAACCUCGCCACCAGCACCUCGAUCCUCGUACUCAGUAUUGCACUGCUGUGGUGGAUGAAAGCCGAUAACCGCAAGCGAGACUCUCGGAACGCGGAUGCGGAGUUGGCGGGACGAGAGCAGAAGGAGAUUGAGGAUUUGGAUUGGAAGCAUCCGGGUUUCAGGUGGAGGCCAUGA